GGGGCUGCCGGUGGGAGCACAGGACCCAGCACAGAAGGGACAAUACACAACUUACUGGCUUCCCCCCCCCCAUAUUCCUGGGCUCACAUAAGGACACAGGGCUUCCUGGCCACAUCUGGACUCCAGUGGCCCGAUCUCACAGUGUAAGGGGGAUGGCUGCUGGGGGCCUCUGCCUGCUGGCCUUAACCCUUGUCUUGGCACAGGUGGGCUCUGGGGAGGACGCUGCUGCCCCCUCGCUGGCUUUCGUGUUUGAUGUCACUGGUUCUAUGUAUGAUGACCUCAGGCAGGUGAUUGAAGGAGCCAAUCGGAUUCUGGAGCGCACGCUGAAUCGGAGAACCAAGGCCAUCAGCAACUACAUCCUGGUACCCUUCCAUGACCCAGAGAUUGGACCUGUCACCAUCACUACAGACCCUGAGAAGUUCAAGGCGGAGCUAAGGGAGCUCUAUGUUCAGGGCGGAGGAGACUGCCCGGAAAUGAGCGUGGGUGCAAUUAAGAUGGCGGUGGAGGUUUCCCACCCGGGGUCCUUUAUCUAUGUGUUUACAGACGCCAGGGCUAAGGAUUAUAAGAAGAAGCAGGAGCUGUUGCAGCUGCUACAAAUCAAACAGUCUCAGGUAGUCUUUGUGCUAACAGGGGACUGUGGAGACAGAAGCCACCCCGGCUACCGUGCUUAUGAAGAGGUUGCCUUCACCAGCUCUGGGCAGAUAUUUCACCUUGACAAGCAGCAAGUUAAUGAGGUUCUGAAGUGGGUGGAGGAGGCCAUUCAAGCCUCUAAGGUCCACCUGCUUUCCACAGACCAUGAGUUGGCUGCUGAGAGAAGCUGGAACAUUCCAUUUGACCCCAGUUUAAAGGAGGUGACGAUAUCUCUCAGUGGCCCCAAGCCUCACAUAGAAGUCAUUGAUCCAGCAGGGAGAAUCUAUGCACUUAACAAAGGCCUGGAGGAACUUCUGAGUAUUCCCAAUUCUGCCCUGAUUGUUGGCCUGAAGCCUUCAAUGCCUGGAGUUUGGACCAUCAAGAUCAGCAGCAGUGGAAGACACACUGUCAGAAUUACGGGGGUCAGUUUUCUGGAUUUCCGAGCAGCAUUUUCCACCGCGGCUUUGAUAGAUCCUUCCAACACCAUUGAACGCCCAAUUCAAGGGGUCCCCAUCUCUGCGCUGAUUAACUGCACGGGCCUGGCACCACCGGGAAAGGUGGACUCCCUGGAUCUCUUGCGUGUCUCCGGGGAGCCGUUCUUCUCUCUGCCCGCCCAACGCUUGCCCUACAAGAGAUCCAAGCAGUUAUGGUCGGUCCCUCACUUCCAGGCUCCAAGGGAAAGCUUCUUCAUGAAAGUGAAUGGAACGGACCGUGGUGGGUACCCAUUUCAGCGCCUCUCCAGUGUGGCCUACACAAGUAUAAUACCAGAUAUACCCACAGUGUUCAUGCCAGAGCUAAUCCAAGGCUAUCAUGAGCGCCUACUACGCCUCACCUGCUCUGUUCUCAGUGAAAUUCCAUUUCGUCUUCGCUUCUCCAAGGAUGGAGAACGCCUUGGGGAAGACCAGUUCUUCAUGGAAUCUGGCAAUGCCACCUGGGAGAUCCCAUCAGCUUCUGCUCGGCAUGAAGGAACUUACCUGUGCACGGCCAUGAGCAAAGCCGGAGGUGGUUAUGCCCGUACCAAGGUAUCAGUGGCAGACCCUCCACCAACGUUAGCUGUUACUCACAACAUCACAACCUUUGUUGGUGGCUCAGCAAUCUUAUCCUGUGAAGUCCUUGGCGAGAUCCGCUACAACCUCACUUGGGCCCACAGUGGCAAAGCAUUUCGAGAGGGCAGAGUUCGGAUCCUAGCCAAUUCAUCUUUGGAGAUCCUGAAUGCCCAAGCUAGUGAUGCUGGAGAGUACCAGUGUACCGCCAGCAAUGACCAUGGGGCAACAACCGCCAGCUUGUGGCUCACCAUACAGGCUCCGCCGAGUAUAGAAAUUAAGUCAAGUUCCAUGCAACUAAGCCACGGAGAGGAGGUGACCCUCAGAUGUGACGUAUCUGGAAACCCUGUCCCCCAAGUCUCUUGGAAACACGAAGACUCUUUUCUCAGUAAUGGCAGCAGGUACACUGUUCUUGACAACAGUACUUUGCUCAUUAAAGAUGCGGGCCAAGAGGAUGCUGGGAACUACAGCUGCGUGGCCUCCAACAGUUUAGGGACAGACGAGCAGACGGUAUUCCUGACAUACGUGGAACGUCCAAAAGCCACCGCCGUGAAGGCACUGGUGUUGGUUCCUCUUGGGGAGGAUGCCAUACUGGAAUGCCUCAGUGAGGGUCUUCCACCUCCAGUGGUCACAUGGUACAAAGAUGACAAAGAAGUGACUGGAACAGAGAGUGGGACAAAUGGUGGGACUCUAAAGCUUCAGGAAGUGAGAGCAGAAGAUGGUGGGAAAUACGCGUGUGUUGCCUCUAAUAACGCAGGAACUGCCUCCGAUAUCAUUCAAGUGGACGUUGGAACUCCACCUCAGUUCAUAGACUUCCCUCUGGAUGUUGAAGUGGAAGUUGGAGACAGUGCAAGUCUUCCUUGCAGUGCUGAAGGGAACCCCACACCUCAAGUUUCCUGGUUCAGGCAAGAUGAAGGACCAGUAGUGCCUUCUGGAACUACAGAGAUUAUCGAGGGGCCCGGCUCCAACACAGUUCACUUCAAAGUUGCAAGACCAGAAGAUGCUGCUGUCUACGUUUGUGAAGCAAGAAAUGCCUUUGGUUGGGUCCAGGCUGAGAUCCUUCUCUCUGUCACUGGACUUGCGGCUCCAAAGCUCGCCGUUGCUUCUUCAGAGGUCACUGUUCUUGAAGGUCACUCCGUUACCUUACCGUGCACUGUGGUGUCUGGAAAUCCCCUUCCUGUCCAGCGCUGGACCAAAAACUCAGAAGCACUUCAGGUUCAAUGGCGGCACUCUAUUAAUGGAGAAGGUGGCUUGCUCAUAGAACCAGUGCAGAGAGAGGAUGCUGGGAAGUACUUCUGUGAGGUAACCAAUGCUGCUGGCUCUACCAAUCACAGCAUUCUCCUACAUGUGCAUGUGGCUCCUGUAAUCCUUUCUGGACCAGCCGAAUAUGUCGUUCGCGAGGGAAGAGCAGUCAUAAUGUCAUGUGAUGUCAAAGGAUACCCACCUCCUACUGUGACAUGGUCAAAGGGAGACCUGGAAUUGACCCAAGAGAAUACCCACUAUUACCUCAACAAAGAUGGCAGCAUUAUGAUUUCCCUUCCCACUGGAGCUGAUGGUGGUUCCUACACCUGCAAAGCUGUCAACCCAGCUGGAGUCUCCAUUAGAGAUGUCCGACUCAUUGUCCAUACAAAGCCCAGAAUAAGUAUCAAUGGCUCACAUGACCAGAACGCCCCAGUUCGAGUGGUGGCAGCGCUUGGUACAGAGAUUACACUUCCCUGUGAUGUGGAAGGUUCUCCUCUCCCUGUGGUCUCCUGGAGGAAGGACUCCCUGCCACUGCCUAUUGUCUCCGCCAGGCACCACUUGCUGCCCAGCUGGUCUCUCCGUCUGUCUGAGCUCAGGGUAAUGGACAGUGGGUAUUACAGCUGCCUUGCCUCCAACCCAGCAGGAAACACAUCGCUUACCUACAGCCUGGAGGUGCAAGUUCCACCUCGGGUGCACCCAGGUGCCAAGGUCCUAAAGGCAUUACUAGGUCGCACUCUACAACUGCCAUGUCUGGCCUACGGAGACCCCAUGCCAAGACUAAGCUGGUAUAAAGAUGGUGAACCAAUGAGAGUUGGAGACCAAGAUUCCCUGCAAGGGCCCGACGGCUCUAUCAGUGUCCUAGAGGUGCAGCUAUCGGAUUCUGGAAAUUACCGCUGUGUGGCUACCAGCAGUGCAGGAGAAGACUCCUUGGAGUUUCGGCUGGAAGUAUUAGAGGCGCCAACCUUUGAAGAUGGUUCUGAUGUCCUGUUAGAGCAAACUGCAUACGAGCCAGUGAUUCUAACCUGUCCCGUGCAAGGUACCCCUACACCUCUGAUUCGUUGGAUGAAGAAUGGAGUGGUGCUUGUGGGUAACCUACCCGGGAUGACACAGCUAGGCAAUGGCUCUUUGCUGAUUGAGUCCCCAGUUCCAAACCAUGGUGGAGACUACAUCUGUGUGGCCACCAAUGAAGCCGGCUCAGCGAGGAGAAAGACUAAGCUAGUAGUGUACGCCAAACCCAAGAUUUUCGAGGACGGACAGGGCAAGAACAUUUCUGUGAUGGCCAACCAACCUUUGACAUUGAGGUGUGAAGUGUCCGGUGUUCCCUUUCCAACAGUGACUUGGAGCAAGGAUGGCAAAGCGCUCACAGAAGCUCCUGGGCUGAGCCUACUGGCUGCCGGGCAGUCUGUUCGGUUUCACCGGAUCCGCAAGGAUGAUACCGGGUCCUAUACUUGCAAGGCGGUCAACCGGGCUGGAGAAGCUCAACGAACUUUUAAUCUGAUGAUACUGGUGCCCCCAAGCAUUUAUGGAGCGGGUUCCCUUCAGGAUAUGACCGCCAGGGACGGAUCUGAGGUCGAGCUACACUGCAAAGCGUCGGGGGUCCCCAGACCCCAAGUAGAAUGGACAAAGGACGGACAACCUUUGCCUCCAGGAGAUGCCCACAUCCAACUUACAGAAGGAGGGCAAGUGCUCCAACUGAAUGGCACAAGGCUCUCGGACCAGGGCAGGUACCAGUGCUUGGCAUUCAACCAUGCUGGCCAGCAAGUCAAGGAUUUCAACUUGAGAGUCCACACCCCUCCUACAAUCUGGGCAUCCAAUGAAACGACAGAAGUGGCCUCCUUAUUACAUGGGACAGUGGAGCUGAGGUGUGAGGCCCGGGCUUCUCCUGUCCCUGGUAUAACCUGGUUUAAGGACAAACGCCCCAUCGUGUCCAGCUCUCGGGCCACCUACCGCGAAGGUGGGAGGAGCCUACAGUUAAGCAGGGUGCUGCUAUCGGACGUUGGCACCUACACCUGCCGGGCAACUAAUAAUGCGGGCACGGCUGAGAAAUCUUACAGACUGGAAGUUUAUGUUUCCCCUGAUAUCGAAGGAGGAGGUUCCAAGCCGCUGCCCAUUAAAGCCAUCCUUGGCCAAGCUCUGGAGCUCGAGUGCUCGGCCACUGGUCAUCCUCCCCCUACACUAUCAUGGCUGAAAGAUGGACUGAUGCUCUCUGAGCGAGAUGGACUGCAGAUUAAAGAUGGCGGCCGUACCUUAUACAUAGGGAUUGUAUCAGAGGGAACCCAAGGAACUUUUACUUGCGUGGCCAUCAGCCUGGCUGGAGAGAAUGUCCUGCACUACACAGUGACGGUCCUUGUUCCCCCCAAAGUGGUGAUUGGUGAAGGCUCUGAACAUGUGACUGUGACUGCCAAUGACCCACUGGACCUCUCAUGUCAUGCUACUGGUUAUCCAACUCCGACUAUCCAGUGGCUGAGAAAUAACCACUCUCUUAGCCAUGAAGAUGGGGUGGAGGUUUUAAAUGGAGGCAAAAUGUUAACCAUCCGCCAGAUCCAGCCAGAACAUGCUGGCAAAUACAAGUGUAAAGCAGAAGGGGAUUCUGGGACAGCAGAGGCAUGGGUGGAGGUGGAAGUACAAGAGCUCCCAUCCGUUACCAUUGCCGGUGGAACCACCAUGGUUGUCAACUUUCUAAAGAGAGUGGUCCUGGAAUGUGAUGUGUCGGGCAGCCCGCCACCCUCUGUGACCUGGUGGAAAGAUGGAUUUCUUCUUCCAGUCCAAGGGCCCAAACUGCAGAUUGACUCUGUAUCUAUUGAUGAUGAAGGAGUGUACACCUGCGUGGCUACUAAUUUUGCAGGAGAAGGAAGGCAAGAUGUGGUACUAACCGUGCUAGUGUCGCCAAAUAUCGAACCAUCAGAUGUCAAUCAGACCGUUAUCGAGAAUCUCCCAGCAUCCUUCGAGUGCUUGGCAUCUGGAAGUCCUCUGCCACUUGUGUCCUGGUAUCGAGGGGAGCAGUUGCUGUCUGCCGCCCCUGGCAUCACCCUGCUAAACGAGGGCAAGACCCUGCAGAUUGAGAGUGCCAAAAGCUCGGACAGUGGAGAAUACCGCUGCGUGGCUUCUAAUACCGCCGGCUCCACUGAGCUCCAAUAUAACCUGCUGGUUAAUGUUGCCCCCAGAAUUGUCUCCAUGAUGGACUUUGCCACCUUUUUGGUAAAUGAGCAAGUGUGGCUGGAAUGUAAUGCGACGGGGGUGCCGGAGCCAGCGAUUAUGUGGCUAAAGGACCAAGUCCCAGUUUCAACUGCAAUAGCUGGCCUACAGAUCAUGGAGCAAGGCCGAAUCCUAUCCCUAAGAGCGGCCCAUGUAUCGGACUCGGGGAUCUAUUCUUGUGUUGCCGUCAAUCCUGCUGGUGAAGAUAGCCAUCAUAUUGCCUUGCAAGUAUUUGUUCCACCAACUAUCAUGGGAGAAGAGCUAAACUCAUCCAUUGCUGUUAACCAGCCUCUCCUCCUUGAGUGCCAGAGCACCGCCAUUCCUCCCCCACUCAUCACCUGGCUAAAAGAUGGACGACCCCUUCUUCAGAGGCCUGGAGUCCAGGUUAUAGAUGAUGGUCACUAUCUGCAGAUUGACCAGGCUCAGCUGAGAGAUGCUGGAAGAUACACGUGUGAAGCCUCCAAUGAUGCAGGACGGACAGAGAAACAUUAUAAUGUCAUCAUAUGGGUGCCACCAUCUUUCCCAGAACCCUCUGCUCCCCACCACUCUAUAAUAGAAGGGCAGCCUGUAAGCUUUACUUGUGAAUGCACUGGGGUUCCUCCACCAACCCUCACCUGGACCAAGAAUGGAUUACCCCUUACGGUGGAGGAUUCAGGCCUGGUUUCUGCAGGCGGGAGACUCCUACAAAUCGGGAAGGUCCAGCUGUCGGAUGAAGGAUCUUACAUAUGCGAGUGCAGCAACCAGGCAGGAAGCAACAAGAAAGAGUAUUGGCUGGAGGUUUAUGCUCAGCCCAUGAUCGCUGGAAGCAGCAACACUCCCAAACAAUUGAUGGUCAACAAGGGCAGCCUGGUCACCAUGGAGUGUGUUGUCAGUGGGAAACCAUCGCCCUCUGUGACAUGGUUAAAAGAUGGCUACCCACUGGGAAAUGGUCCAGACCUGUUCUUUCAGAACAAGGGGCAACAGCUGACCAUUCUGAAGGCACAGCCUUCCCACUCUGGACGCUAUGUAUGUGUGGCUGUGAAUGCAGCAGGACAGACCGACAUCAAGUACGAGGUCUUUGUGCAAGUCCCGCCAGAACUCCCCAAUACACAGACAGAGCUGCUUAAUGUAUCUACCUCCCUGCACGGAACAUUCACCAUUACUUGCGAAGCCACAGGGAUCCCACCCCCAGUCAUUACAUGGUUCAGAAACAAUGAAGCCCUGUCGCCAAGGGAGAAUGUACACCUCCAGUCAGGUGGAAGGGUCCUUAGGAUAACACAUGCCCAAAUCCAAGAUGCAGGACAUUACACCUGCGUGGUGACCAACACUGCAGGACAGGCCAAGAAAGACUUCUUUGUGGACAUCCUUGUCCCUCCCAGUAUAGACGGUGAGGAUGACAAUGACCUGAGGGUGCCCGAGGGACAGUCUGUAACACUUAGCUGCAAAGUUUCAGGUCACCCAAAGCCUUUGAUCACUUGGUUGAGAGACAGCCAACCCGUGCAAAGUGGAGACGAGGUUCUCAUUUCUCCUGAUGGCUCAGAACUGCACAUACAGUCAGCCAAUGUCUUCAACGUUGGUCAUUACACUUGCAUAGCUAUUAACUCCAUUGCUGAAAGAAGCAGAAGCUAUAUAGUAACUGUUCUGGUGAGUCCCACCAUCUCUGGACCCCUCGAUGAUGAAGCCAAUGAAGAUGUUAUCGUCAUUGUUAACAACCCAUUUUCACUCAUCUGUGAAGCUCUCGGUUUCCCUAUUCCAAGUGUAACCUGGCUGAAGAACGGAGAACCAUUCAAAGAUUCUGAUAACCUACGCCUCCUUCCAGGUGGCCAUGGUUUACAGAUCUUAAAUGCCCAGGAAGAAGACUCUGGUCAGUACACAUGUGUGGUUACCAAUGAGGUUGGAGAAGCCAUCAGGAAUUAUGAAGUCAAAGUCUUCAUUCCUCCAGUGAUUAAACGUGAUGACCCUCAUCAAGAUGUUGGCAUCAAGGAGGUUAAGACUAAAGUUAACAGCAGCCUGACGUUGCAGUGUGAAUCCCAGGCGGUGCCGAAACCGACUCUGCACUGGUACAAAGAUGGACAGCUGCUGGAGAGUUCAGGUGGUGUCCAAAUUCUAAGCGAUGGACAGGAGCUACAGCUUCAACCAAUCCGCCUGUCUGACUCAGGACGCUACACCUGUGUUGCCACCAACGUUGCUGGUGAAGAUGAAAAAGAAUUUUAUGUAAAUGUCCAGGUCCCUCCUAUAUUCCACAGGCCGGGGAGCCCUAGUGCCGCCUUUGAGUUGGUUCCUCGAGAUGAUGAUGAAGAAGAGUUGACUGAGCACAGAGAAGUGGUGGCAACCAACCCUAUAUCUUUAUACUGUGAUACCAAUGCCAUUCCUCCUCCCAUUCUGACCUGGUACAAAGAUGGCCAACUUCUCUCUUCUUCAGAUGGGGUGCUGAUUCUCCUUGAAGGUCGUAUCUUGCAGAUCCCAAUGGCUCAUGCAAAGCAUGCUGGAAAAUAUACUUGUGAGGCAACCAACGAAGCUGGAGAAGACCGACUUCACUAUGAGCUUGUGGUACUGACUCCACCAGUCAUGAAGGGAGAGGUGGAUGAACUGAUCCAGGAAGUGUCUGUCAUAUAUAACCAGACAGCAGAACUACAUUGUGAUGCUUCAGGCAUCCCUCCUCCGAGUAUCACCUGGCUAAGGAAUGGUUUGACGCUGAGCACAGCUGAACGAUACCAGAUACUGAAUGAGGGCAAGACAUUGCAGAUCCACAGUGUGCAGGUGAGCGAUAUAGACAGCUACGUGUGUGUGGCAGAGAAUCCCGCCGGGUUUGCCGAGAGGCUCUUCACCCUGAUGGUUCAUGUUACCCCAGUCAUCUCUGGUCCAAACCCAGAGAACAUCAGUGCCGUCCUACAGAGCUCAGUUUCUCUAGUGUGCGAUGUCCAGUCCCACCCCACACCAGAGAUUAUGUGGUACAAAGAUGGGCAGCUCCUAACUCCAACUAAAGGACUCCUUAUCAUGCCAGGUGGGCAGGUUCUACAAAUUGCUCGAGUUCAGAUGUCCAACCAGGGAAUCUAUAUGUGCAAAGUCCAUAAUCCUGCUGGGUCUGCAGAGAAGCUCUUGCACCUUAUUGUCUAUGUUCCACCUAGCAUCAAGGAACCUCCCAAUGGCAAGCAGGAGACUGUUGUAAGGCUCGGGGACAGUCUCACCCUACAAUGUGAAUCCGAUGCGCUGCCACGGCCCACCAUCACAUGGUAUAAAAAUGGUCACCAGCUUCUUGAAAAUGGUGUCGUUCGGAUACACGAUCAUGGACAGCGCUUAGAAAUUCUGGAUAUUAAGGCAUCAGAUAAAGGACAGUACACCUGCAAAGUGGCCAAUAUGGCGGGAGAAGUGGAAUUAACCUACACAGUGAUAAUAAAUGUACCUGCAACCAUUGUACGUCCACAGAAUGAGACUAUCCAGCUGAUCAUUGGAAAUUCCAUUGUCCUCUCCUGUGAGGCUGAAGGCUCUCCUUCUCCUGUGGUAACGUGGCUGAAAGAUGGAGAACCUCUUGAUUCCGGUGUGUGGGGAGUGGCCAUACGAGGCAGUCGGUUACAGAUUACCCGGGUUCAACAGUCCCAUGCAGGGCGCUAUCGAUGCAUCGCCCAGAACUCAAUCUCAGAGACUCAUAAGGAUUUUGUCUUGUUGGUUCAAGUUGCUCCUAGAAUUUUUGGCUCGGAGAUGCCAAGCGAGCAUAGCGUGCCAGAGAAGCAGGAGGUAAAACUGGAGUGCAAAACCGAGGGAACCCCGGCACCCCAAAUCUUGUGGUUUAAAGAUGGAAACCCUCUGGAUGUGACCUUGGUUCCUAACACUAGAGUCUUUCAGGAUGGAAAUUUCCUGGUCCUAAGGUCGGUACAGGCCUCAGACUCUGGCAGAUACACGUGUGUUGCACGGAACAAUGCAGGAGAAGACACCAGGGUUUAUGUCUUAAAUAUUUUGGUUCCUCCAAUAUUUGAAUCAGGGUCCAACGCGUCCGAUGUCCUCAGCAGCGUUCCUGGUGGCCAGGUGACCCUGGAAUGUCAUGCCAGUGGCUCCCUGCCUUUGAAGCUCAGCUGGUUUAAAGACGGCCAUCCUCUGUCUACCUCACGAUAUGUCAGAAUCGCCUCUGGAGGACGUAUUCUCCGUUUUUCCCAGGUGCAAGUCUCCGAUGCUGGAACGUACACCUGUGUGGCCUCCAGUCCUGCCGGAGCUGCCGAGAAGAACUUUGUCCUACAUAUAGAAAGUCUGCCUGUACUUGAAAGGUCUGAGAGCACCGAAGAGGUGACCGCCAUUAAAGGAGCAUCUGUAACCUUUACGUGUGAAGCUCAUGGAACACCAUUGCCCUCAUUAUCCUGGGAGAAAGAUGGACAACCUCUGAACCUUCAGAGCAACCUACUGCCUAAUGGGCUAGGAACUCGGCUGCACCUAGAGUCUGUCCGUGCCCUAGACUCUGGUAUCUACUCCUGUAUUGCUGUAAACGCUGCAGGGAGAGUGAGCAAACACUUCCACCUAACAGUUCUAGAACCUCCAAGGAUUGAGGGCCCAGCUUUACCUACGGAAGUCUCCAUUAUUGCUGAUUCACCCCUGGAAUUGGCAUGCACGGCCACCGGGGUUCCCACCCCUGAGAUCAGCUGGGAGAAGGACGGCCGACCCUUAUCUCAUCCGGACCUCCUGACGAGAAACGGGACAGUGCUCAGGAUCGAGAGAGUAAAGGCUGAAGAUGCUGGCAUUUAUGUGUGCGUGGCAACCAGCACAGCAGGAAGGGAUUCACGAGCUACCUGGGUCCGGAUGAAAGUCCCCCCAAGUGUGGUUGGAUCCACCGAACCCCGAUCCCUCGCUGUGUCUGUUGGAGGACAACUGGUGCUGGAAUGUAAAGUUGAAGCUGAUCCACCUCCCACCAUUCAGUGGUACAGGGGAGAUAUUCCACUGCAGACGGAUGGCAGAGUGCAGGUGUUAUCGAAGGGCAGGUACGUACAGAUUCAUAGCCUGCGGCCGUCAGACAGCGGCGAGUACACCUGUAUAGCCAGUAACCCCGCUGGAAGGACCAGCCUGCACUUCACUGUGGAGAUACAACUUGCCCCCAUGAUUCAACCAGGACCUUCUGUGGUCAGUGUGUCUGUGAACCAAACGGCAGUGUUGCCGUGCCGGAUGGAGGGAAUUCCCCUUCCAGUUGCAUCAUGGAGAAAAGAUGGCAGCCCACUGUCUGUGGAGAUAUCCAGGAUGGAGUUCCUUGCCGACGGUUCCCUCAGGAUUCCUCAAGCUCUUCUGCAGGAUUCUGGGUAUUACCUCUGCACAGUCACCAACUCUGCAGGAAUGGCUCGUCGGGGCGUAGAGCUCAGAGUAUUUGUUCAUGGAGGAUUCUCUCAGUGGCAGGAGUGGGGGCCCUGCACCAGGACUUGCGGACAAGGCAUUCAAGAAAGGACCCGGCUCUGUAACAAUCCUCCUCCAGCCAAUGGAGGGCGCCCUUGCAUUGGGCCAGAUGUGGAAGUCAGAGCCUGCAAGUUACCACUCUGCCCAGUGGACGGAGGAUGGACAGGUUGGAGCCGAUGGGCUCCGUGUUCUUCUACAUGUGGAGAAGGUUCACGCCAGCGGACACGCUCUUGCUUUUCUCCUCCCCCACAGAAUGGUGGAAAGGCCUGCCCUGGGAAAGACACAGAGACAGAAAUAUGUCAGCUGCCACCCUGCCAAGUUGGACCCUCUCGAGUACGUGCCAGUGUCAUUGGUAUUAUCAAUGACCAGGACUUUGGAAUCUCUGCGCUCAGUGCCAACUUGACAGAAAACCCUUUGACUGGUCUCACCACAAUCACCAGCAGCAUUGAGAACAUUCCACCCUCCGUGGGUCAUCUUAUGAGGACACUGGUCUCUGUGAUUGCACCCUUGUACUGGUCUGCAGCAUUGGCCCACGAUGGCACCGUUAAUGGAUUCACUCUUACCAAAGGAGUUUUCCGGAAAGAGACCCAGCUGGAGUUUGCUACAGGUGAACUCCUGCGUGUCACUCACAUUGCCCGGGGGCUGGACACAGAGGGCACAUUGUGGUUGGAUAUAGUUAUCAAUGGCUUCAUACCGGCUGCUCUGGCUUCUAAUGAUCUCAUUCCGCAGGAAUAUACUGAGACAUAUGUGCAGACGGGGCCUGGGCAAAUCCAUGCCUGGGGGUCCCCUACCUUCUCUAAAAGUGGCAGCUUCCUUGCCCUCCGCUGCAAUCACACCGUGGAAUACAACCCCAGCUUGGGCCAGCAGCACAAACUCACCCAGCGGCUCCACGUCGGCUCCGUUAGAUCAACCUAUGUGCCCGGGUUAGAGGAGCUUCAGUUCCAGAUUACGGCCUCUUUGCGGGAAGGCCUGAACGGAGGUGCCUGCCCUCUUGGCUUUGCACACUCGGCAGAAUCGUACUGUACAGAUGAGGAUGAGUGCGACCUGCGCAAUCCCUGCUCACACACCUGCCACAACACCGUUGGCAGCUUCGCCUGUUCGUGCCCCGUGGGUUACACACUGGCACCAGAUGGCAGGAGCUGCAGAGAUGUUGAUGAGUGCAUUCUGGGAACACACCACUGUGAAGCAGGACAGCAAUGUAUCAACACGGGCGGGUCGUACCACUGCCUCCUGCGCUGUGGGCCUGGCUUCCGACCCAAUGCAGAGGGGACAGCCUGUGAGGACGUUGAUGAGUGCGCCCAGUCCUCUCCGUGCCAGCAGCGAUGUCUGAAUACGAUUGGCUCGUACAGAUGCGCAUGUGACCCCGGCUACCAGCUCAGAGGCACCAUCUGUGUGGAUAUCAAUGAGUGCCUGAGAGGUGUGUGCCAACCCCAGCAGCAGUGCAAGAACACGCUCGGGAGUUACCAGUGCUUGGAAAACUGCCCCCCUGGUACCACGCGCUCAGAGUCUGGAACUUGUAGUGAUAUAGAUGAGUGCCGAGAUGGCUCCCACCGGUGCCGAUACAAUCAGAUCUGUGAGAACACCGCAGGCGGGUACCGUUGCACGUGCCCCCGGGGGUACAGAUCUCAGGGUGUUGGAAGACCUUGCCUAGAUAUAAACGAGUGUCUGCAAGUGCCCAAACCCUGCGCCUUCGAGUGCCAGAACAUAGCAGGAAGCUACAAGUGCCUGUGCCCACCGGGGAAGCAGCUCUUGGGCGAUGGAAGGUCCUGCGCUGGGCUGGAGAGGCUCAACAACACUGCGGCACUUGGGCAAGUGGGCGCUCAGUUUGACGGCGCAAUAACCAAUGGGCGGAUACACGGCAAUAAUGUGUACACCUGGCUGUCUUUUAGCCAAAAUGGCAACCUGAUGGGGCAAAGCAGCUCUCGUUGCCCCUCAGGGUUUAUCCGGAGGAAUGGAGUAUGCACAGAUAUAGAUGAGUGUGUCCAGCGGAAUCCCUGCCAACACGAAUGCCGGAAUACAGAGGGCAGCUACCAGUGUCUCUGCCCUGCUGGCUACAGGCUGCUCCCCAACAAUAGGAACUGCCAGGACAUAGACGAGUGCACCGAGCACAGAAUCACCUGCGGGAUGAACCAGAUGUGCUUCAACACCAGAGGGGGCCACCAGUGCCUGGAUACCCCAUGCCCUGCCUCUUACAUCAGGGGUCCAACUGCAGGGACCUGCUUCCGACGAUGCCUACACGACUGCAGCUCGGGGGGACCCUACAGCCUACAAUACAAGCUCCUCACCCUGCCCUAUGGCAUCCCCAGCAGUAACGACGUCAUCCGCCUCACUGCUUUCUCAGAGGGGGGCGUCCUCCAGAACCAAACGCUCUUUAACGCUCUGGAACAGGACUCUGGCAGCCCCUUUGCCAUUCGUGACGAAGGUGGGCACGGCAUCAUCUACACCCUGCGACCUCUGGACACCUCGGGGGUAUACAGGAUGAAGGUACAAGCAGUAACCCAAAGUGAACAGCAGGGGGUGCGAUAUCAGAGCGUGUUCAUCAUAUACAUCUCCGUGUCCCCAUAUCCCUACUGAAGUGGGAGGGGGCACAGGGCUAUAAACUGGAAUGUCAUAAACUUGGGUGCAAAAUCAGGGACUUACCAACUGUACUUAUUUCCACCUCUCAGUUAUAUGUGUGGGGGGUUACCCAGCCUUAUAAUACGGUUGCUGUGCGGUGCAUCUGGGUGCUACAAGUCUGGACUGAAGUUCUGGUGUGCUGAGGUUCUGAUGUGCUGAAGGUCCAUCGUGAUGCCCUCUCCAUUAUUGCCCUAGGGAAAGGGGCUCUUCAAGGCUUCUCUUGGGCUAUGGAAAGGGGGAGAGGAGAGAGAACACAAUAAUUAAAUGGAACAUGGAAAUGUUGGGCAAGUUCCAUAGACAAUCUGGGGGGGGGGGGGAAUGUUUGAGUGUGUGAUGGAGCAAUGAUGAUGUUGACACAGAGGACGGCUGAAUAUCUGGCAUUGGACCGGAUUGGUAUGGCUCCAGAGGUGUUGCAAGCUGGCGAUGUUACCUGUGACCCGCUUGGAUUAUCAUGUGACACCUCUGGGCAAACAGAUGGCAAGUGACCUUCACUCUGGGCAACGCAAAGUGGGACACUGGGCAGCGAUCACAUGAAUGUAACACAAACAGGUUAAACGCUUCUCGGGGGUAAUUUGCACCCCUGGUCAGGCUGCAAUCUCCAAUUCCAGUUCCCAUUCCAUCUCUUAUGGUGCUACAAGUCUCCCCAUUGGCCGAUACAGUGAGCAUGCUCAAUAGCCACCCAGGAGGCUUUAAUAUAUAUCCAGGGGGGGAGUGGUGUGGUUCAACUUUAGCUGUUCUAGUUCCGUUGCUUCCAUGAUUGUGGGCUGAAUAUGUUCUAGUUAAUGCUUUUUUAGGGCCCCAGGUUCCCUAGAUUUGCAAUAUGCAAGAGUGGCUUAUCUUACCCAAUAGUAACAAAAACCAGAGCAACCAAUCAGCAGUUAGCUUUUAAUGGUCUACUGUAAUGACAGCAGACAUCUGGCAGCUAUGGGUAAUUGGGUGCUUAAUGUUUUAACUAACAUUGUCCAGUAAUCCAUAACAACCAAUCAGACACUAGCUUUCAUUACCCUAACUGCUCUAGAUUGAUGAAAGCUAACUGCUGAUUGGCUUGCUAGAAUUGCUGUGCUAAUGUGGCACCUGUUUCCCUUAGUCACUGAGGAAUUAGUAAACCAUAUUGCUGCUAUAGAAUUGAUAUCCUAAUGAUCCCAAUCCUGUUGCUUCUGAACUACAACUCCCAUUACCCAUAGCUAGCAGCUAAUGGUGAGAACUAUCGGAUUCAAACCCAGUAUUCGGGGAACCAAGUGCUACUCUAUUGUGCGGGAGUCCGCGCCAGGGAAUGUCACAUGACCAUGCCACCGCUGUAGACUUGCAUGUGUUUUUGGGGAGAGGUGUUUCAGUCGAGUAAAUACAGAAUGUACGUGACUCUCUGCUGGGAAUGACAUUUUAUUUUAUUCUCUUAUUUAUUUUUCUUCCAAUAAAGCCCUUUUUGUACUAUU